AGGCCAAGACCACCGGAAGCGGUCGAAGGUGAGGGGUCGUGAGGGGCCUUCCAGCCGCCGCUUAGAACAGUGCUUGGCACAGGCCAUGCCGUUCUUCGACGUUCAGGCCCGACUGGGCAUUAACGUUGACAAAUGGAUGACCAUCCAAAGUGCGGCCCAGCCCUAUAAGAUAGCCGCCAAGUGUCACGCGUUUGAGAAGGAAUGGAUUGAGUGUUCCUACGGAAUAGGGGUCACCCGAGCCAGGAAUGAGUGUAAGCUUGAGUAUGACGAUUUCAUGGAGUGUUGGCAUCGGACGAAAACGUUGAAACGGCUGCAGGCCAUCGUCAAUCAGAAGACCAAGAUGAUGAAGGAAGGGACGUACACGCCGCCCGACCACCAGUCGGGCAAAGAUGCUCCCCGGCCCUGAACAGCAGCGGGUGCUACCGGGCACCACCUCCGGCCAGCUGGGGGGGAAAACAAGCCACCCCCUUCCCCCUAUCCCUCCGCUCGCCCCUUAACGUGUCUCUUGGGAAAAAGAAUCUUCCCUCGGAAAGGUUCAGAAAUAAAGCGAAUCCCUUGCUUGUGCCC